ACACAUUCAGAAUACUGCAACAGGCUAAAAUCAGGAAGAGAACUGGGACUCGGUGAAGAAGUGAGAAACAAGUGGAGAGACUGUAAGGAUGGAGGAAUAUGAUAUCAUUGUGCUUGGAACUGGACUUAAGGAAUGUAUCCUCUCUGGUUUAAUGUCUCAAGGUGGGAAGAAGGUUCUUCACAUUGACAAGAAUCCUUACUAUGGAGGAGCGAGUGCAUCCAUCUCUCCCCUUGAGGAGCUGUACAAGAAGUAUAAUGUUUCAGGACCUUCUAAGUCUAUGGGCCGCGGAAAAGAAUGGAACGUCGAUCUUAUCCCCAAAUUUUUUCUUGCCAAUGGCGAGCUGGUGAAAAUCUUGGUGCACACUGAGGUUACUCGAUAUCUGGACUUCAAAGUUAUUGAAGGCAGCUAUGUGUACAAAGCAGGCAAACUGCACAAAGUCCCCGGCACAGAGGAAGAGGCCCAUAACUCAGAUCUGAUGGGCAUGUUUGACAAGAGAAGGUUCAGGAAGCUGCUGCUCUUUGCCCUGAACUUUGACAUGAGAAACCCUCGGACCUACCAGGACAUGGAUCCUAAGAAAUUGACCACGCGGGACCUUUUCACCCGCUUUGACCUGGGACUAGAUGUAAUGGACUUCACAGGUCAUGCCAUAGCCUUACACAGCAACGAGAGUUACCUGGACCGGCCGUAUGGGGAAACGAUCGGACGGAUCAGGCUGUACUGUGAGUCUCUGUCCCGCCACAGUGCCAGUCCAUACCUCUACCCUGUGUACGGGCUGGGCGAACUGCCACAGGGAUUUGCCAGAUUGAGUGCAGAGUAUGGCGGAACCUUCCUCUUGAACAGAGCAGUGGAUGAGCUUGUGAUGGACAAUGGCCAAGUGAAAGCUGUGAAGUCUGAGGGAAAGCUGUACAGCUGUAAACAGCUCAUCUGCGACCCCAGCUACGUUCCUAAUCGAGUGAGGAAAGUUGGGCGUGUGAUAAGAGUCAUCUGUUUAUUAAAUCAUCCAGUUAAAAACACCCACGAGGCCAGCUCCUGCCAAAUCAUCAUCCCUCAAACACAACUCCACAGGAAAUCUGACAUUUACAUAUCUGUAGUGUCCUAUGCGCACAGUGUAGCCUCAGAUGGGAUGUACAUCGCCACAGUGAGCACGAUGGCAGAAACCAACAACCCAGAAAAAGAAGUUCAGCCAGGGCUGGACCUCCUGGAGCCCAUCAAGCAAAAAUUUGUUUCAGUCCACCACAUCCUGGUUCCCAAUGAAGAUGGAAGCAAGAGUCAGAUAUUCGUGUCCCGCUCAUAUGAUGCAUUAAACCACUUUGAGGAUGAAUACGAGGACAUCAAAGACAUGUACCGCCGCAUCACAGGAGUAGAGCUCCACGUCGGAGGAUCACAGAGACACCAGUCUCACAACUCUGAUGACGACUGAGAAACAUCAGGGCCAAAAAAUUCAACAGCUGGGAGGCCAUAAUGACGUUAUGGGUGAUUAUAGCCAACUGCUACACAGCUGUAGCUGAGGGUGUGUUAUGCAGCAUGUAGAGUGAGUUGUG